GGUAGAUAUUUCGAAGAUGAAGGUAUUUAGGGCUAAAACAGAAGCAUUGAAUCAAGUAAGGGGCGAUUAUGCAGGGCAAUAUAUUACACUACGAGACUAUGUUCAAGAACUUCGCACUCGAAACCCAGGGACAACAGUUAAGAUAGAGGUCGAAAGUGAGCCAAACCCAUCUCCUGAGACUAGAACUUUCAAACGGAUCUACAUCUGUCUAGGGCCAUUAAAGAAAGGUUUUCUAGCUGGUAAAAGAGAUUAUCUUGGUUUGGAUGGGACUUUUAUGAAAGGGCCUUAUCUUGGAAUGAUACUCACAGCAGUGGGUCUUGAUGGAAAUAACUGUACAUAUCCUUUGGCAUAUGCUGUCGUGGAGGCUGAGAAUAUAAACUCAUGGACUUGGUUCUUAAGGUGCUUGGGUGAUGACAUUGAUUUGCAAGCUAGUUCCAACUUUACCUUUAUAUCUGACAGACAGAAGGGCUUGUUGCAAGCAAUUGGUACAUUGUAUCCAUGUGCAGAACACAGGUUUUGUCUGCGACACAUUCAUGAAAACAUGAAGAAAAUGUGGAGGGGAAAGGUGUUCCAAGACAUGUUGUGGAACUGUGCAAGUACAACAACAAUACAAGAAUUCAACCAUGCUAUGGAAGAGUUAAGAAAGCUAAACAAUGACUGCUACGAAUGGGUCAAAGCUAUUCCACCUCAACAUUGGUCUAGGGCACACUUCACAGGGAGGGCUCAUUGUGAUGGGCUUCUGAAUAACUUGUGUGAGACCAUAAAUAAUCAAAUUAAGAAAGCACGCGACCAACCAAUUAUCACAUGCCUUGAGUACAUUAGAGAGUACCUUAUGUUAAGGAUUGUUAGUGUCCAAAAGGUAAUUGAUAAGGCUGUUGGACCAUUAACUCCAACUGCAACAAGUAUGCUUGAAAAAAACAAAUCUGAUGCAACUCAAUGUGUGGGUAAGUUCUGUGGGAAUGGAAAAUAUCAGGUGAGUGGUCCAUGGAUGGACCAAUGUGUGGUAGACAUGGCUCAGCACACAUGUUCUUGUAGAAAAUGGGAACUCACUGGUAUACCCUGUAAACAUGCCCUUGUUGCUAUAUGGGACAUGCAAAAAAAUAAGCAAAAUGUUGGCGUACCUGAAGAAUGGGUUCAUGCUACUUACUGGUUAAAAACUUGGAAGGAAAUGUAUUCUUUCAAGAUUGAACCAAUUAAUGGAAGAAGAAUGUGGGAAAAGUUUCCAUGUCCAACCACUUUUCUUCCUCCUAAUCAUCAUGUCCCCAUUGGAAGACCAAGGAAGAAAAGAAAGAAAUCAGCUGUUGAAUUAGAAGAUAUGGUGAAGGGUGGUAGGGCAUCAAGGAAGGACAAGAGUGUGACAUGUUCAAAAUGCAAAAAGCUUGGUCAUAAUAAAAGAAACUUUAAAGGUCAAAGUGCAUGUGAUACUAGUUCAAGCAAGAAAGGGAAAGAUGGGAAUAAAGCUAAAAGUGUAGGUGAUGGUAGUUCAAUCAAGAAAGGGAAGGAUGGGAAGAAAGGUCAAAGUGCAGGUGAUGGUAGUUCAAGCAAGAAAGGGAAUGUUGGGAAGAAAGCUCAAAGUGUAGGUGGUGGUAGGCAAAGUGGAACUCAAAGUGCAUGUGAUGGAAUUUCAAGCAGGACAAGGAAGGCUGGGAAGAAAGGGAAGAGUAUUGCUUAAGUUAUGAUUGUGUUUUUAUAUGUUGUGUUUGUGUUAUGAACCAAUUAUGGUGUUAUGAUCUUUUGUGUUUGUUAUAUUUGUCAUUAUGUUUUGUGUCUGUGUUAUGAACAAUUAUGGUAUGACUUUUGGGACCUGUUGUCUAUAUAUGG